AUGGGUCCCGAAGCUAACGGCACGGAAACCGAGAAACCAACACAAACGGUUCAACUCGGUAGUGAUUUUAUUUUACCGGAAAAUUCCGUUAACGGUUACGAAACCGUUACUAACAGCCAAAGUAGUUACAGUCAUGGCGGUGCUGAUAGCAAAAACGAUGGCAACGUAGGGUUUAUUCCUCCUCAUUCACUUCUUCCGAUGCCGGUAUCACCGGAGGUUUUUCAAAGAAACAAAAACGACGAGUCUCUGCCGAGUAACUCCGUCAACAGCACCAUGCCGGAUCUCGGAAGCUUCAUCCGUCAGCGGAGCAGCGAUUUAUCAACGGCGAUUGCGAAACGAGUCUCAUCGUUUCGAAAAUCGAUGGAGGAGAACGAGGAGAAGGAUAUGAAGAAUAACGGUCGGAAUCAGGAUGUGACGGAAUUCAGUCUUUCAGGACUCAAGGUUGUGGUGAAAGUGAAACCGGAGGAUGAACCGGCGAUGAAAGGGAGGAUAACGUUCUUCUCGAGGUCAGGUUGCAGAGACUGCACGGCGGUGAGGAGGUUCUUCAAAGAGAGAGAACUCAAGUUCGUUGAAAUCAACGUCGACGUGUUUCGCGAGAGGGAGAAAGAGCUACGAGAAAGAACGGGAAAUACAACCGUGCCGAUGAUUUUCUUCAACGAGAAGCUGAUCGGAGGGUUAGUCGCCUUGAACUCGCUGCGAAACAGCGGCGAGUUUGAACGGAGGUUGACGGAGAUGGUGGUUGAGAAAUUCGCCGGCGAUGAUGCGCCGUUACCGCCUGUGUACGGUUGUGAUUAUUUCGAGGCGGAUCGAACGGACGAGAUGGUUGGACUUGUUAGUCUUUUGCGGCGGAAAUUGUUCGUUCAAGAUUGGUUGAGGAGAAUGAAAAUCGUUAAGAAUUGUUUUGAAGGGAACGAGUUUGUGGCGGUUGUGAUUCAACACUUCAAGUGCGCGCGUAACGAGGCUGUUGAGAUUGGAAAAGAGUUAUCCAGGAAGCAUUUCAUCCAUCAUGUUUCCGGGGAUAAUGGCUUUGUAGACGGAAAUAACUUGUAUCGUUUCCUUGAGCAUGAACCCUUUAUUCCCCAGAUGCUUUAA